ACGCCACUUAGCUCGACACUGUGGUCGAUGUUACAUCGAAUAGUCUUUCCUACAACGUAUUCCUUCCGAAAAGAAAAAAAACAACAGUUAUUCGAGUUUCGUAAUUCCCGCUCAACCAGUUAUAAUAUUAUUCAAGCGGGCGUGGACCACGGACAUCAUCGUGGCUGCUGUAGCAGGCUUCUGUGGCAGGAUUUCGGUGCUAGCAGAUUCGGCGACGCAGCAUCGUUGCAGCAUUUCUGCUUCCGCUGAAACGGGAUCACAAUGAUAGCCCUUAUUAUUCUGGGCGUAUCGCUCGUGCUUCUUAUCUACGUCUUCUUUUGUAAAAAUCGCAAGUCACUUCGACUUCCACCGGGACCACCGGGCGUUCCGUUGUUCGGUUAUCUACCAUGGAUAGAUCCCGUACGUCCCCAUGUGUCGCUGACGGAACUGGCAAGGAAGUAUGGCCCGAUUUGUGGGCUACGAAUGGGCUCUGUGUACACAGUAUUAUUAUCGGAUCCACAGCUGGUAAGGCAGACCUUUGCCAAGGAUGCGUUUGCCGGCCGGGCUCCGUUGUACUUGACGCACGGAAUGAUGCAGGGAUACGGUCUCAUUUGCGCGGAGGGUGAUCUCUGGAGAGAUCAAAGAAGAUUUGUAGCCGGAUGCCUGAAGAAUUUCGGCAUGACGAAACUACCCGGUACCAAAAGGGACAAAAUGGAACAAAGGAUUCUCGUAGCCGUGAACGAGUGCACGUCGAAACUAAAAGAGCUCACUAUGGAAGACGGUAUUGAUCCCCUCGAGACGCUCCAUCAUUGUGUGGGUAACAUGAUGAACGAUCUCGUGUUUGGUAAAGUUUACAACGAGAACGACCAGGUGUGGAAAUGGCUGCGACACCUGCAAGAGGAAGGAGUUAAGCAUAUCGGAGUAGCAGGGCCACUUAAUUUUUUGCCGUUUCUCAGAUUUUUGCCACGAUAUGGAAAAGUAAUGGAGUCACUUAUCGGUGGCAAGUUAAAAACGCAUCAGGAAUAUCAAAAAAUUAUCGACGAGCAUCGUGCUCGACGCGAGAAAAUGGAUAGCUUCCUCGCGGCUUUCGACGAGGCAAUGAGUACCAAUGAGGACAAUGGAUAUUUCACACAACCGCAAUUUUAUCACCUGCUAGCCGAUCUUUAUGGCGCAGGCACCGAUACAACUUUGACAACUUUCCGUUGGUUCCUGCUCUUCAUGGCAGCACAUCCGGACGAGCAAUUAUCGGCCCGCCGUGCAAUCUCUUCGAACCCUAUGCGUCCUUGUCUCUCUGUGCAGAAAAUAAUUCAGGACGAAAUGAACGAGCUGUUGGGACAAAAGCUACCCAGCUUGGAGGACAGACUGCUUUUAAUUCGACUGGAGGCGGCCAUCGCAGAGACGCAAAGAUUGCGGAGCGUGGUACCGGUCGGCAUCCCUCACGGAACAAUAGAGGACACACAAAUAGGCGAUUACGAUGUACCGAAAGGCACUAUGGUUGUUCCGUUGCAAUGGGCUAUUCAUACCGAUCCUUCGUACUGGCACGACCCGCUCUCGUUUAAACCGGAGAGAUUUAUUGCUGAGGAUGGAAGCCUCGUCAAGCCAAAAGCCUUUUUACCGUAUCAAGCAGGUAAACGUAUGUGCGUCGGUGACGAACUGGCCAAGAUGAUAUUAUUUCUGUUCGCCGCAAGAUUUCUUCAUUCAUUUGUUAUCUCCGUGCCAUCCGGUAUGCGUAUCGAUCUAGAGGGUGAGUGUGGAAUUACCCUGAUUCCGAAAGCGCAUCGCUUAGUUUUUACAUCGCGGGAAUAAGCUUAUAUACACUUGCAACAAUGUUUCUUAUAU